UAAUGUGGGCAAAAGUAAACCCCAAACGGAUCACUUGCAUUAUAAUGUUCUGAAGCUUUUUUUUUUUAAACUCUUGUGUGUUUUGCAUGUUUUAUAAACUAGCACAAGCAGUCUUUUCUUUAUAAUAUAGCAAUAUAUUUUCAUCCUAUUAUUUUAGAAGAAGCCCCACUCUAUUGCCUGUAUCAUACUACUCUGUUGAAUGAAUUUCAUUUUUAUGCUUUUAAGGAAGUAGCAUGAGGAAUCUCUAGCACCCGUUUAGAUUUUAUCUUCUUGUAUGUUUUCUUACCUCUCCUGGUCUCCCAAACCAGUUGCCAGUAUCCACUUAAUUAUAUUUAUUUGAGGAUAGUCUCUAAGAAUAGUCCACUGUUUAUUUCAGACUGAAAGGGGAUUUUUUUUUCUACCUCUAAAAUGUCUUAGUGGAUGGUGGCUCCUGUUGUAUUCUAAGUACAGUUAAUUUAAGUUGGUGCUUUAGUAAAUGUUGAUUAGGAUUGAAAUGUGGAAAUCCCCACAGCACAUGUUUAUGAAAUAAUUUAUGAGAAUUGCCAUGAUUAAUCAUGCAGUAGGGCUUGAGGAUAAAAUUGUUUUAGAAAAACCAGUGGAAUGGGUCCUCUGUCACUGCAGCAUGCAGAUUUAGGUCUUGGGAUGAAUCUUCUCUCUACAAAAGUAUUUUAAAUAUACAAAUUUCCCUCAGCUGCAAAGCAAAGAAGAACAAUGAACCAAACAUCUUGCUGAGAAACUACCAAAACACAUUUCUAUGAUAAAGCGCACAAAGAACAGUGAUUAUCAGACAGCUGGAAAGUAAGACUAAGCUGUGCUUUUUAUUUUGGAAUAGGCAUCUCCUUAGAAGCUACAAUUGUAGGAUGCAGAAGGGAAGAGGAAGAACAAGCCGGGUCAGAAGGCGAAAACUUGUCCAAAGGAGAGGAGUAAAAGAGAGCCACAAACCUGAAUUUAUAGAGCUAAAGAAGUGGCUGAAAGAUAGGAAUUUUGAAGACACAAAUUUAACACCUGCUCAAUUUCCAGGUACUGGAAGAGGGCUGAUGAGCAAGCGAUCCCUGCGGGAGGGACAGAUGGUUAUUUCAUUACCUGAGAGUUGCCUGCUCACCACGGACACAGUGAUUCAAAGCUCUUUAGGAGCGUAUAUCACUAAGUGGAAGCCUGCUCCGUCUCCUCUGUUGGCUCUGUGCACCUUUUUAGUUUAUGAAAAGCAUGCUGGCAAUCGGUCUGUCUGGAAGCCUUACCUGGAUAUUUUGCCCAAGUCUUACACCUGCCCUGUUUGUUUGGAGCCAGAAGUGGUGAAUCUUCUUCCCAAACCUUUAAAAGCAAAGGUUGAAGAGCAGAGAACUUCCGUGCAGGAGUUCUUUGCUUCCUCCAGAGACUUUUUUUCUUCUCUGCAGCCUCUGUUUGAAGAGGCCAUUGAAAGCGUGUUCAGCUACAGAGCCCUCCUGUGGGCCUGGUGCACCAUCAACACCAGAGCAGUGUACCUGAGGACCAAGAGGCGGGCCUGCCUUUCCUCAGAGCCUGACACCUGUGCGCUGGCUCCCUACCUGGAUCUGCUGAAUCACAGCCCAAAUGUCCAGGUAAAAGCAGCAUUUAAUGAGGAAACUGGCUGUUAUGAAAUUAGAACGGCCUCAAGUUGUAGAAAACAUGAAGAAGUGUUCAUCUCUUAUGGACCUCAUGAUAACCACAGACUGCUUCUGGAAUAUGGAUUUGUUUCCUACUGCAAUCCUCAUGCUUGUGUCUAUGUCUCAAGAGAAAUGCUUGUUAAGUAUCUUCCAUCAACAGAUAAACAGAUGAACAAAAAGAUUUCCCUUUUAAAGGAUCAUGGAUUUCUGGAAAAUUUAACAUUUGGGUGGGAUGGACCAUCAUGGAGGUUACUCACGGCUCUGAAGUUGCUCUGUCUGGAAGCAGAAAAAUUUACUUGCUGGACGAAAGUACUUCUUGGGGAAGUAAUUUCAGAUACAAAUGAGAAGACAAGUUUGAACAUAGUGCAGAAAAUAUGUUAUUAUCUCAUAGAAGAGACUACUGCUGUGCUUCAAAAGGUUUCUCACAUGAAGGAUGAAAAAGUGUCUCUGAUAAACCAGCUUGCGUUAGUGGAAAUGUUGUGGACAGAAGAGCUGAAGAUUCUCAAGGCCUCUGCUGAGACCCUCAGCAGUUUGCAGACCACUGUUGUCUGACUUGCACUAGAUGUGUUUGGUCACCUCCUAUGGCGGGUGCUACUGAAACCUUUCUCAAGCCACAGUUGG